AUGAGGUUUGCAGCAAUUUUAUUCGCCGCCUUUUUGGGCGCCCAAUCCGCCAAAGCCGCCGGCAAUGAUAACAAUGUUAAAUGGAACGGCUGUGAGAUUCGCAUUUUGGACAAUUCGGACCAACCGUUAGGCUCAACCUGCCUCAACUUUGGGCAAUCAGGCGGAAUUCAAUUACCGGACCUGCCUUAUUGGCUUGACGAUUCGGACAUUGUUCCCGGAAAGUAUUACACAGUCUCUUUAGAGGAUGUUCAUUCUGCCCAUAGGUGCUGGAGUCUAAAGAGUGCGGACCUGCCGCCUACGCCAAAGCCGGAUUCUGUACACCCUUGGUAUUGGAACCCUAGACCAGCCAUUUGCAGGGACGGUAAAAGGUUACUUGUUGGGGAAUGGUACGGAGCCAACAAGAUCCGAGUUAGUCGUGUGCAAUAA